AUGGCCGAAACUUCGCGUGAUUGUGGCCGAAAGAAAGCAAAAGUUGAUGGUUCUUUAGAUGGUUCUUCCGCUUCUUCUACUAAAUUUGACGGUGCUGCGCGAUUCAAGUCAAAAUUUCAGCCAUCCUGGUCAAAAAAGUGGCCUUGUAUUAUUGCUGUUCCUCGUUCACCAAGUGAGUUCAGGUGUACGGUGUGCGACAAAGUUUGCAGCUGUGCUCAUCAAGGGGAAUCUGAUGUGACAAGACAUAUUGAAGGUGAAAAGCAGCAGAAAAAUGUACGAGCUAGGACCAAUGCAGCACCGUUAAGUUAAUUUGGGUUUAUUUCUACCUUGGAUCCACUGAAAGAUAAGGUAAUACAUUAACAUAUUGUUGUAGUAAUAGUGUAUGUAUAUCAGUGUAUGGUUGUUUAAAACAAUUUGUGUUACUUCUAGUGAAAUAAUUAAUUAUAAUAGUAUUUUUCUAAAAUCUUAUUCCAUUUUUAGGUCACAACUGCAGAAAUUAAAGUUGCUACACUCUUAGUUGAAAACAACAUCCCUCUGGUAUUUGCUGAUACGCUUAGUCCAAUGUUUAAAGAGAUAUUUCCUGACAGCAACAUAGCUAAGAACUACCACAGCGCAAGAAUGAAGACAACUUGCAUAUUGAAUGGAGCAAUAGCUCCACAC